AGCCACGUCGGGAUGUUUGAACUUUGAACGGAAAUUUUGAAGGGGUUACUCGCUCCCAUUUCCCAACGAACCUCGGAUGAGGCAAAGCUUCAUUUUUACAUAACUGAUUCCACGGGUUAGGGUUAGGGUUAGGGUUAGGUUUAGGGCUUCGGCGUUCUUCUAACCCUUUUCUCAGUAUUUUCCGAGUUGGAGAGCUCACGCGUAGGAAAAAUUCGUAUUGCGAAGAUAGUGGAAAGCAAUCUUUCUGAUCUAUCGUCUAGGGCUUUACCAUUUGUUUUCCUGGAGGUCUGAUCUCUCUAUCUCCUAUCGCCUUACAAUUUUUCUCCUUUGUGACCAUAGGAGCUCGUUGCCCACGCAAUAAUCGAAGCGGUAUAAUAUUGGUUGGCGAUUGUAAUUUUUUAAGCAGAAGGAGCAUUCAUUUGUUGGCGUAAGAUGCCAUCUUCCUACCUGCCAAGCUAUAAGGUUUUGCAGCCUUCUGCAAAUUUAGUGCGUGUUCAGAUGACCGCCUAAUCUGUCUAGCAGACUAGCAGUACCUUAGUCUGUAAUAACAAGCGACUUUUAUCUGUCUGAUAAUAUCCAUGUCCAGAUUGGAUCACCUACACUUGGAAGAUUUAGCCACAUUUGUUCAAUUUCUUUGGUUAUUUGUUAUUCCCAAUUUUAUUUGUAUACGAGUAUCAGUCAUUUACAGCAGUGGACAAAGGGUUCACCAAAUAUUAAGUUCCUGAGGAGUAUGGUAUCUGCUCUUAGUUCUUUAUACUGCAAGUUUGAAUUGGGCUUGAGGGAGCUGAACAGUUCAAGAAGGAUGAUGAUGAAAUGCUGGACUAAACCAUCUGAUUUUCAUCAAGGUGCCCGUUUGAGGCUAAACACAAAGUAUGAGCCUUCUUCCGGAACUUAUAGAUUUAGUGGCAAGAGCCAUGAAAAUGCACGCAUGCUUGCAUUCAAGCCACGACAAUUUGCUUGUGGAGUAGAGGCAAUAUGCAGCUUGUAUCAGAGGAGUGCACAAAAGGAUGUUUUAUUGAUGUCAGCAAUCAUGGGUUACAAUAGAAAUCUUCAAUAUUGUAAACGAGUAAGUGGGUGCUUGAGAAAUCGUGAACCUUCGAGUAACAAUAUGUUUUACAAGUGUUUUUCGACUGAUAUGCGAGGAUCAAUCUCAAAUGCCAACCACCAUAUGGAGCCAUGUAUGAAAAAAUUCUCAUCAAGCUCCAGACCAUGUUCUACUGGAGCAGUUCAUAAUGUUUCAAUUGAUGGUGUUUCACAAGAAGAGCUUAUUGAAAAUGAUGGGGCUUCUUCUGAUCAGAAGUUGUCCAGUGAUAGAAACCUGAAGCUAGUCUCUGGUUCAUGUUAUCUACCUCAUCCAGCAAAGGAGGAAACAGGCGGAGAGGAUGCUCAUUUUAUUUCUACUGAGCAAGCAAUUGGCGUUGCUGAUGGAGUUGGUGGUUGGGCAGACCUUGGUGUUGAUGCUGGACAUUAUGCAAGAGAGCUGAUGUCUCAUUCUGUAUCUGCAAUUGGGGAAGAGCCCAAAGGCUCAAUUGAUCCGGCAAGGGUUUUGGAGAAAGCUUACAUUAGCACAAAAGCUAGAGGGUCUUCAACUGCAUGUAUCAUUGCCCUUACAAAUCAGGGCGUCCAUGCUGUGAAUCUUGGUGACAGUGGCUUCAUUAUAGUAAGAGAUGGAUGUGCUGUAUUCCGGUCGCUUGCUCAGCAGCAUGACUUCAAUUUUACCUAUCAGCUUGAGAGUGGAAAUGCAAGUGACCUACCAAGCUCUGGCCAGGUGUCUACAUUCCCUGUUACGGCUGGAGAUGUGAUUGUUGCUGGAACUGAUGGGCUAUUUGACAACUUGUAUAACAAUGAGGUGUCAGCUGUUGUUGUUCAGUGCAUCAGGGCAGGACUGGGCCCUCAUGCAACGGCACAAAAGAUUGCUGCUCUUGCCCGCCAAUGUGCUAUGGAUAGGAAUAGACCGUCUCCCUUUUCUGCUGCUGCUAAUGAGGCUGGUUAUCGAUAUCAUGGAGGAAAGCUCGAUGACAUUACUGUCGUAGUUUCUUAUGUAACUUCCACAAGCACUUGAGUUCCAUGCUUUUCUUCUGUGAACACAACUCUUAGGCUUCAUUUGGGACGGCUUUCUUACUGCUUCUUAAAACAGCUUUAAAAAACAAUAAGAAAGCUGUCCCAAAUUAAGCCUUAGUGUGUAUUUGCGGAGCAGGUAAUGUAAGCAAUGCUCUUUUGUCAGUGUUUGGAAUUUACUUCCCUUUACUGUUUUUUCCAUUUCAGUGUUACUUGCAGUGCCUAUUUCUGUUCUUGGUGUUGAAUGCUCCUUUUGUUCAUAGUCAUAGACUCAGUGCAUUUGUUUGAACUUUAUUAGAAGCCAAGUUGCAGAGAGAUGGAGUAAAAUUGUGAGUAUUUGAAUUAUUCUUUGGCUA